UGAUUAGACUUUACAAGUACAUUAGAGGACAUUAUAGACAAAUACUCACAAAAAGGAUCACGGCACCAGAGCCAAAUCCCAUUGUAAUAAAUAUCCCAGUGUCUCAUAUGAUGUGGUCAGACAAAUCUAGUUCCAUCAGUGUAGACCUAUAGGACUCAUUUACAUCAGCCAGUGCAUUGGGCAACUUGUGCUUUUCCCUGCAGUGAGUUGCGCCUAAAACCUUUUUCAUUAAAAGGUACUUGAGUCCAAAUAAACUCUUCAAACUUCCGUAUAGUAACUUAUAUAGUAACCGUAUAGUUGCACUCUGAGCCGCUCAGUUAUUCCUACUUUCCAUUUCAUUUCUACUUUUCAUGAUCUUACAGGAGCUGCUACAGUUCUUGUUCCUAAAUAAUGGAAAUCUUUUGUAAUGCUAUAUUGAUCAGUGUGUUAUUUCUUUGACUUAGCACCCAACCCAAAUCAGCCCUAAUUUGUCACAUGGGCAGGUGGAUAAAAUCUCCCACCAACUCCCAGUAGCUCAUGUGUUACAUUGGUUACCCAGAUGGGGCUAGUGUGGUGGUAGAAGGGUGUUUUAGUUGUAUGCAUGAGGAGUGGCCAUUGGGAGGAGCUGUACGAAAAGAGUUAAACUGAAUAGUCCAUUGAUGCCUUCUCCUUGCCAACUUCCACAGACACAAGUACAAAUUCUGCACCCCUUAGUGUCCUGGUUGAUUGACCCCCAAUGUCUCAAAUGAUCACCUUGAUUGUUCUUUAGAUGAAAAUUGUUUUUUUCAAACUAAGCUACUAUUUACUUCUCUGUUGCACCUGUUUUGUUAGGAGGCUGCAACAUAAUACCAGUUGUUUUGGUUUGUGAUGAAGGAAACAAUCUUAACUUUAAUAUUUCAGAUCAGCUAUGGAGCCACAGAUGUCAUGUUCACUGACAGAUCGAGGUUCCCAUACUUCUACCGAGUGGUCCCUAAUGAAGGAUAUAUCCAUCGAGCUCUCAUUCAGCUGCUGAAGCACUUUGGUUGGACCUGGGUGGGAGUCAUAAUAUCAGAUAGUGAGAGUGAUUAUAUAAAGAGAGAACUAAUAGACCUCAUUACAAGCAAUGGGAUGUGUGUGGGAUUUGUUCAUGAAUUAGAUUGGAAUCAAUGGGAAACAGUCAGUUGGGAACGUAUAAUCCUAAAAUCAACUGCCAGAGUUAUUAUAAUCUGUGUUUCCAAAGAAAAGCUAAUGGAAGUAUUGGCCUUUACACAUGGAAAUUCUAAUUUAAGAAGACUAUGGAUUAUGACAGUCACAUCAUUAUAUGUUGAUAUUUUAUAUUAUGACCUUGCAGAAAUCUUGAAUGGAAGUUUGAUUUUUCUACUUUCUGCUGGUGACAUUGCCGGAUUUCAUGACUUCCUCCUUAGUGUAAACCCUGAUCAGUAUCCAGAAGAUCCCUACAUAUUCUCGAUCUGGUAUAUUGCAUUUAAUUGUAGCCUUUCUCAAAUUCCUCAAAUGCAAAAUAAAACAUUGAAUAUAAUUAAAUUACCCAGUCAAGACAAUAUAACAAUGACAUGCUCUGGAAAUGAAAGUCUUGCAUCGGUUCUUCACUUUCAAGAGAUAGAUCUCAGAGUAUCAUACAGUGUGUACAAAGCUGUGUAUUUGUUGGCCCAUGCGCUACAUCUAUUACUCUCUCAUGGGGCACCUACAGACAAAGACCAACUGGAGAGCAAACUGAAUCCAUGGAAGCUGAAUCACUUGCUGAGAAACGUUCAUUUCACAUCUUCAUCAUCACAAGAAGAGAUUUACAUCAAUGAUGAAGGAGAAACUCAAGGACAAUAUGAUCUCAAAAACUUGGUCAUGUUCCCUGAUCAAAGCAGCAGUAUAAUGAGUGUGAUUGAAGUGGGAAGCUUCAACACGUUGACCCCUGAUCAGCUGAUUGUCAAUGACAGAGUCAUCUUGUGGCACCCAGAUUUUACAGAGGUUCCUCAGUCUUUCUGCAGUGAAAGUUGUAUCCCAGGAUACCAAAAAAAAUCCAGAGAAGUACAGUUUUCCUGCUGUUAUGACUGUGUGCCCUGCGCAGAAGGACAUAUCUCCAACACAACAGAUAUGGAAACCUGUAUCCAAUGCCCAGAAAGUCAGUGGCCCAAUGACAAUAGAACUGUUUGCAUCCAGAAAAUAAUAGAAUUCCUUUCAUAUGAAGAUCCAUUGGGACAGUCUCUGGCUGCAGUCUCAGUUUUCUUUAGUCUAAUUGUCACAUUAGUUGUUCUGAUUUUCAUAAAACAUCACAAAACUCCAUUGGUCAAGGCCAAUAACCAAACCAUGAGCUACACGCUCCUCCUCUCACUCACAUUGUCCUUCCUCUGCUGCUUCUUGUUCAUUGGGCGACCUCAGAAAGUCACCUGCCUGCUCAGACAAGUUACAUUUGGGAUCAAUUUUACACUUUCUGUCUCUUGUGUCCUGGCUAAAACGGUCACAGUUGUCAUUGCCUUUAAUGCCACAAAGCCUGGAAGCAAGAUAAAGAAAUGGGUGGGAACCAGAGUGUCCAUCUGGCUGGUCCUUCUCUGCUCACUGGUCCAGGUUGGGAUAUGCCUGGUCUGGCUGAUCUCCUCUCCACCAUUCCCAGACUAUGACACUCACACUUACACUGGGAAGAUGAUAUUACAAUGUAAUGAAGGUUCUGUCACUGCAUUCUACACUUUGAUUGGUUACAUGGGAUUCCUGUCUGCAUUAAGUUUCAUUGUUGCUUUCCUGGUUAGGAAGUUACCAGACAGUUUCAAUGAGGCCCAGCUGAUCACUUUCAGUAUGCUGGUGUUCUGCAGUGUUUGGGUGUCCUUCAUCCCAGCGUACCUGAGCACCAAGGGCAAAUACAUGGUGGCUGUGGAGAUCUUUGCUAUCCUGACUUCCAGUGCAGGGCUGCUGGGCUGUAUCUUCAUUCCCAAGUGCCACAUUAUCCUCUUCCACCCUCAGAAGAACACUCGGAGCUACAUAACUGGAAAACCCUGA